AUGAACCGAUGGCAGUGGAUCGACGGGCGCCGGGCGGCUGGCAGUGGCAGUGGCAGUGGCAGUGGCAGUGGAAGCGGUGGUGUGCAUGAGAUUCUGGUGGGAGGAGAGGCCAUCAACGCUUCUGGAAGCAACAUUCGAUUGUAUGAUGGUGGACAGCAGACGAGCUUUGAGGAUGGACAGGUGGCCUUGACCCCCUAUCGCAUCAUCUGGUGGCGCGGCGCCGAGCAGUGGAUGCACCUGGAGCUGCGACACGUUUCGCACGUCAGUCACACGGCCGCCACCUUCUUUGGUAGUCCAAAGUUGAUCCUCCACUUUACACAGUUGGAGCAUCCGCUCCCUCGAGCCGUUGCUGCGACUAGCAGCGAAGCCAUGACCAAGAUUUCCUUUCGCAAUCGCGAUGAGAACACCGUCACGGCCUUUCACCAUGGCCUGCUGGCCGUCCUGGCUGCCCAAAUGUGGCUGACCCAGCCCAUCGACCUAAACCCCAGCUGCCCGACACCAGCUGGUGGUGCCAUUCACGCUGCUGGCAAUGAGUCCAACAGCGCCUCGACGGGCGCCGUUUCGCAGGCAGCACCGGUCACCCUGACAGGGUCCGGCACGGGCGGCAUUCGGCGUGUGGUCAAGCAAACCGAAACUUCACUUGCUGCUGCCGACAGCUCUCUUCAGGAAGCUUUCUCGGGUGACCUCCAAGGCCUUCAGUCCAAGGCCUCCGAAUUGCUCGCCUUGGCCGCAAAACUCAGCGCGCGCGUACAGGACGAGGACAAUGCUGCCAUAUCUCAGCAACUCGAGGACUAUCUGCUGUCCAUUGGCAUUGAUAACCCCGUUGUUCGCGACAAGCAGCGACCCGCGGUCUGUCCCCGCCGUUUUCCUGACUCGCUUGCAAACCGUUUCAUCCCGGACGAUCUGACCUGGAAAUGUGGCUAUAGGAGUUUCAUCGACAACUGGCUCAAGAACUGUCAAAGAUCCUGCCCACCCUCCUGGCCAAGGUUUGCUGCCUUUUUUUUUUAUACUCCUGUCGUUACGCUCAUUUUCGUGUUGUGGCGGGCGGUCGCUGCCUGGCCUGCCCGAGUGGAUAGUCGCAGCCUCUUCUCACCCGACCAUAUCCUUGCCCGCCUGACGCGGUACAUGCAGCACAACGGUGUUUUGGCUGUCACCGAUUUGUAUUGUCUGUACAACCGGGCCCGCGGCACUGAACUCCUGUCCCCCAAUGACGUGUUGCACGCCUGCGAACAAUUUGAGCCCAUGAAUCUACCCUAUCAACUCCGCGUCUUCUCCAGUGGCGUCAAAGCCGUCGAGGCACGCGCGGCCAACGGAGCAGGUCAAUUCGACCACACGGCCAUGAUGGACAUGGUGCAGGCCCAAGGCUAUCUCACAGCCGGACGCCUUGCUCGUCUCAAGAGCAUCUCGGCUGUCGUGGCCACUGAACUCCUCCUCGUCGCAGAAACGGCUGGCUGGCUGGCCCGCGACGAAAGCACCGAGGGCCUGCGUUUCUACCCCAACUACUUUCUGCAUCCCCGCACAGUAGCGGCCUCUGCUUGA